GUAGUCCAAAUCAGUCGAUUCGAGCGGAAGGAGGAAUUUAAUCGCGACUCUCGUCACCCGCGGCUGGCCUUUAAUUUUUAGGAUAGUUUAGCGUUUGUAAUUGUAACUGAAUAUCUCAGGUGCGCUGAUCAGAGGAGAAGCCGCGUGCCCUGUAUAUUGUACAGUUUGUUUUGUUCGUCGCGCGUCCCUCCGUCACUCACUCUUUCUCCUUCAACUUCAUUGAGAAACGUAAAACGCAAAAUAAAGUAGAUGUUUUAAUCUAACUGCUCUUGCAUUACAAAUUGCCAGUUAAAAAGUGAACAAAUCAAUUUACAUAAUAUUGGAAAAACACAGAAAACAUAACAAAAACACACACACACACACGGGCUGGCAAAUUGAUAGGCGGAGGAUGUGUGAGUGUGUGUAAACAGCGAGAUCAAAUAGUGAAAUGCAAAAGUGUUUUUCAAUUGAAAAGCGGGCGACAGAAAAGUGAAAAUUAACGCAAUUCGCGAGGUAUUUGCAUUUGGAACGAAAUCAGUGAAAACCAGUGAAAAUGUCGGCUGCAGAAGAGGGCGAGCUGGAUCCGCAAAUUCAGAUUGAACUGGAGAAUCUCAAUAGCGCAACCGAUGAGAUUAAUAAGCUAGAAAUUGAGCUAGAGGAGGCCAAUUCCACCUUUCGCAUCCUCUUAAAUGAAUCUACACGCCGGCUUAAGCUCUCCUCCAAGAAGUUGGGCAACUGCAUAGAGAAAGCUCGACCCUACUACGAGGCUUUGGACAAGGCACGCGAGGCACAAAUCGAAUGCCAGAAGGCGGCAGUCAAAUUCCAACGAGCUAAUGAAAUCCAUGCCGCGGCCAAGGAAACAGUGGCGCUUGCCGAGCAGCGGUUUAUGUCCAACUCGCAUGAAUGGCAGUUCGACAAUGCCUGGCAGGAGAUGCUUAAUCAUGCUACCCAGAAGGUAAUGGAUGCGGAUACCCAGAAGGCCGACUGUCAUGCAGAGCAUCAGCGGCUGACCCGGCUCUUCAACGCCGCCGAGCAAAAGUUGCAGCAGCUGGAGGAUCGCUUUCGGCGGAGCAUCAACAAGUCGCGGCCGUACUUCGAGGAGAAGCAGGUGUGCCAGGAUCAGCUGCAGACGCAAAAGAAUCGCAUCCAGGAGCUGCAGCAGCAGGUGGCCGGUGCCAAAAGCACUUACUCCACGGCCUUGCGUAAUCUGGAGAGGAUCAGCGAGGACAUACACAGGCAGAGGGGUGAUUUUCCCACUCCGCCAGGUCCCCGCGAGCCGGGCGUGGGAGCAGAGUUGAACUCGCCUACGUCCAGUGCCUUGCCAUCGCUGCCGGAUUUCCAGCUGGAGCUGGAGAAAUGCGACUAUCCCUCCAUAGCAGGCAGUCAAAUGUCCUUGGGUGCAAAAACUCCUGUAGCAGCUGCCGAAACUGAAGAUGAGGAGGAUGCCUGCGACUACGAUGAGACGGGAGCGGGCGAACUCAGAGGCGUGGUGGAUGAACGCGAUUUGGAGGCCCUGCGGCAGAAGGUCAAGAUCCUGGCAGUGCGUCCCAUUGAGGGUGGAGAUGGUCAGCAGCAGAAUGAUGUGUGGGAGCAUGAACUGAAGGACACGGUGGAUAAGCUGGAUCACUUGAUGAUGCUCAAGGAAAACGGCAAUCGGCAGCAAACGAAUCGUGUGAAGUCCACCGAACAGCGACCCGUUUCCCUGGGCGCCGAGGCACUCAAACGUCACUGCGAUGUGGUCGAGGUGAAGGUCACAACCUGCGCCAACACCGCCAGCUUGCCAGUCACACCCCAGCACCAGCUAAAUCACCUUGCACCGCCCACGCCCAUCAAGAAGCUGCAACAGCAGCUGGCGCCCUUGCCCUCGGUGAACGUAUCCAUGCGGGAGUUGCCUCUGUUGGCCAGGCUAUCCAACGAACUCCUGGAUCGCAGCAGUGCUGCCUUCGGAGGAGUGCGCAAGCAGCUGCGCCGGCGAUCCCUCGAAUAGUGCGCAUCUUGGGGGCCAGAGGAGCCUUUCUCAGCCAGCCCCAUAUCAGAUUUGUUUAUAUUAAAUGAAUAGUGAAUAAUGAAAUAAUUGUAAACCGUUAAACGCCGCAUUUAAAUGUGCACCACUCUCAAUAAGUCUACACCUACAUGAUAAAUACACCAUCUAUUUUCUUAUAAAUGUUGAUUACAUUCUAA